UCCUGUGUUUUGUAACUCGGGUUCGUACUUCGUUUCAGACUCACACAUUUUGAUUUUUCCAGUUUUAUGUGGUUUUCUUUUUGGAAAAAUAAUUGGUUGAACAAUGGAUGAUUUGUACGAUAAUUUGGAGAAUUAUUACGAUGAGAAAAUCAUAGAUGAGCUGAAAAAUGAAAAUAAAGAGCUAAAGACCAAACUCGAAGAAUAUUCUAGUGCUAUGACCCGUUUGCAAAUGAAUAUUUUGCAGGAUUUUGAUAAGUUAAACUCUGAGUACAAAAAAUUGGAGAAGAAUUAUUCAUCAUUAUUAAAAACAGCGCGUGCAGAAAUUGAAAGAAAAGCUGAGAUGAUUAAAUCUCUUAACACAGAGAAGGACUUGUUAAUAAUAAAAACACUACAAACUACAAAUAAAAAUGUUUCAAACAAUAGAAGGUUCAAUAUAAAUAAUACUCAGCGAUCAAAGAAAAGUUAUGAAAUUGAGACUACACCACAGCCAAAACCUUCAUCAGGUAAUCAAAAUGAGGAAAAUAGGCUGAAAAAUGACAGAAUCAACUCAACCCAUACUCAAUCAGAAGACACUACUUCAACUUUGGAAAAUAAACCUAACAUUAGUGAAGAUGAAGAAUUAAGGGACACUAACAAAAAACUAACAAACAAAAUCCAUAAAGAUGUUCCUAUGAAAAGUGAAGGAGCAAAAAUUACUAAUAGAAGGAAAUCAAUGCCUUUUUGCAGCAAUAUAGAACCAAUAUUUAGUUCAGAUGAUGAUUUUGAGGCACUCCAUUUAAAGAACACAAGGAAAUCACCAUUACGAGAAGAUAGUAGACAGUAUGAUAAAUAUAGAAGUAGAGACAACUUUUCCAGUAAGGAUAGAUUUUAUGCCAGUAAAACAAAUAGAUUUACAGAUCAUGGUAAAUAUACAAAUGACAGGUAUGAAUCUAGUUCAAAAUAUACCAGGCGUAGUGCAGAAAAGUAUCGUUCUAAAUAUACAAAGGAUAAUUCAGAAUCCCAUAAAUCAAGAGCUGAUUAUACAAAUAGCAGACAAACAAUAUUAAGGAGUUCCCCUACCGAUAGGUAUAACCGCUCUAAAAGUCGAGAUAGAAGGACCUUUGAGAGAGAAAAUUACUAUGAUAAGCAGAGACAUUCACCUCAUAAUUACGAUAACUCUGCAGUAAAACAUAAAAUCAGAAAUGAGCUAGAGGAGCCAAGUAGUAAACGUUACAAAACCGAUCAAAAUAAAAAGGCUUUAAUAAAAGAAAACAUUUCAAAUAAUGACAAGGAGACAGAACAUGGUUUGAGAAGCAGUUUUACGAAACAAGAUUUUAUUGAACCUACAUCUUGUCAAUCGCCUGAUUAUGUUAAUAUUGAGAGUGCAUUACCUCAACAGAUUAUUAAAGAAAUAAAACACACAGCUGUAACUCUCCUUGAAGACCCUAGAGUUUCAAGUAAAAAAUAUGUCGUAAAGAACAAUAAAGGGAUAACAGUUUUGUCAACUGUUGUUAGUGAAGAUUUUGAUAUAAAACCUGUUAAUGUUUCUUCAUGGGAAAUACCAAACAUAGAAAAAUUUAUGAUACCUCCAACGUUACCCACUGAAAGAUUUUCUGAAGAAACUGAUAACGAUUUUGUAAAUGAAAUAUACUUGGAUAUUGAUAAACCCUUAUUAAAUGACUCACUGGAAUCUGGUGAAAUUCAGAGCUUAAAAGAUGAUGAAGCUUAUUGCACAAAAGAAAAUGAUAGGGAUAAAAUGCAUGAACAUAAAAAGAUUAAUAAAGACCAUAGCAAAACUUUGAAUAGCUUGACAGUUCUUGAUUCUAAUAAGAUGAACCCUGCUAUUAACAAAUACGAAAUACCAAAAAGAAAAAAACCCGAUAAAAUAACUAAAAGGAAUAAAAACGGGGAUUUUGAUAUUUUGUCAACGAAACAAAAAUCUGCUAAUAAUUGUUGUGAUGAAAUUAAAAGGCAAGAAGUAGAAAAACACGAUAAAGUUAGUACUCUCAAUACUGAAAAUGUAAUCAUUGAAGAACAAUACCAGAACAGUGAAGUGUCAAAAAUGAACACAAUACUACCUGAAAACACGCUAACAGCUGCAAGCUGUACUCUUGCAGAAGAUUUAGAACUGAGCGACGAGGCAAAUGAAAGUCGGGAUACACAGAAUGAUGUUAAGAAAUCAAAAAAAAUCUUGCCUAAAGAUAAACUGUCCGUAGUUUCCCUAGAUGAUAAACAAGAAGGUGACAUGCCUGUGGUUAAAGACGACAAUAGAGAACCAAAAGAAAAAAGUAAACCUCUGAAUUUAAAAAAAGUAACAAAAGAUUCCUCUCGGGACAGUGGUAAAAAUCGCAAAACUAAAAAGAAAACAGAAUUAAAAGGUGCAAAUUGUACUGAAGCAAAAGAACAAAACAAAAAAUUGCAAACAUUCACUAAACUUCAGAGCAAGCCAGUGAUUUCGAUACAAACGAAACAUAAGUUUAGCGACUUAUUUGGUGACAGCAGUAGUUUAAUAACACCCGAUGAUUUAGGAAUUUCCACUCCUGAUAUUAAGCUUCCGUUGACUGUCAAGUAUGCCUCUAUAUUUGAUAAUACUCAGGAUGCUGUUGAUCUAAGUGUUGAAAAUGUCAAUAGUGUACAAUCUAAUGCGAGUGAAGUUAGUGCGUUUCCGACUAAUCCAGAAGACCAAUCGAAUGACAAAACAAGUAUAGCAAAAGCGAAAAAUGAUGCUGAAAAGCUUGUAGUCCCUAAAGAUUUGGAUGAAAUUCCAGCUACAAAUUGUUCUCUUGAAAAUAAUUUACAUCAAAAGGCUACAAAAAAUGAUGAUCCAGAAAUAGUGAAGACUGUCAUCAUAUCCACUGGGGUACAACCAAAAUACGCUUCCGAAAGUAAUUUAUUGCAGGGUAGCCAAAAAUGUACUAUUGAAAAUACUGAAAAAAUAAUAAAUAAUGAUGAAGCAAGCAUGAAAUCAUGUGCGCUCAACUAUAUAAACGCGUUAGCCACCUCUACACCUCACAAAACUGAGCACGUAGAUAUAUCUACAGUAGUACUAGAUCCUGUAUCAAAUGAUGCUAGCAAGAUAAGUGCAAAUAUCAAUUUGUCAUCUAAUGUGAGUAAUGCGUCAAAUCCAGGUGAGAUUUUAAAUGAAGCAGAUGUUCCAGAUGUUAGGCUUUUCGUUAAAAGGCGAAGGAAAAAAAUUAAGAAGCCUUCUUAAGUUGUUAAAUGUUAGUUGUUCUGGAUUAAUUUAUUAGUAUUUUAUUAUAAUGCAAUACGUAUGUAAGUAAACAUCUAAGAUUCUAGGCAAAGAAACAGGUCCAUGUUUAUUUUAUUGUAUAUAGCA